AUGGGAGUCCUACGGACGGCUGCUCUCGUCGUUCUAGGGAUUUCGGCCUUUGUCUUUGUGGCACUUUUCGGUCGAUUGCCCAUUUUCAGUAUCGCUUGGAUUGACUCACGUGUAUUCGGUGGUCGGAUUGUCCAAGCGUGGAAUCGCUCUGGCAACUACAUCCUUCAUGCAAAUCAUCCGCUAGUCCUUAUAUUUUUCAUUGGUUUACUCAGCAUAGGCGAAUGCGCCUUUGUACCAGCAGCAUGGCCUCGAAUAUCAAAUGCGCAACAUCUGUUGGUGGUGGGAGUGAUUAUCGCACCCUAUUUGCUCAUUUAUAAAUGUGUGACGACGAAGUCGUAUAUUACGGCGGACAAUCACGAGCUAGAGAUGAAACGAUAUCCCUACGACGGCGUGUUGUUUCACCCUGGUCAUGUUUGCUCAACCUGUGACUUUAUCAAGCCUGCCCGCAGUAAGCAUUGCAGUCUCUGCCAGGCUUGCAUCUCGCGGCAUGACCACCAUUGUGUCUGGCUGAUGAACUGUGUCGGAGCGGAGAACUACAAGUAUUUCCUAUCCCUUCUCCUGUCAUUGUCCAUACUCCUGGUCUAUGGCACAUUACUCGGGUACUCCCUUCUCCUGCAAACAAUGAAGGAGAUCAUACCGCCAGAGUUACAGGAGGCCAUGAAGGCGUGGUCGAUGUAUUUCCACAUCUGGUCCAUCGUGAUCACCAGAGAUGCCCAAAUUGGCACGGUCACCCUGCUGAUGGUGAUGACCGCUCCUCUGGCAAUCGCAUUUUUGGUCUAUCACACAUAUUUGAUUUGGGCAGGGAUGACUACAAACGAAAGUGCCAAAUGGGUUGAUUGGAAGGAGGAUAUCUUGGAUGGAUUCGUGUUCAAGGCGAACCGAAGUCAAAUCGAAAAUGCACCUCAACAAGUCGAUCUUGGUGACAGGCCGUGGCCGGUGAAAAGUAGCCAAGUCUUGGUCACUGAUGACCAACCGCCACUGGAAGGCUUCGUGUUCGAAGAAGGAUCCAACCGGGUUCACUAUCCUGGGGAAGCGAUCCAGCCCAGAUCAAUCGAUUCGCGAUGGACGGAACUUCAACAUGUGAAAGACCUUGACAAUAUUUACGACCUAGGAUUCAAGCGCAAUCUUGUUGAUGCUCUGGACAAUAAACCGCUAUGUACACCGCCAGAGCUUAUGCUCAAGGUCAUCCUUGCGGGGACAUUAAGUCAUUAUGAGACGCGGGGCAUGAUUGACGAUAAGCGAUUAGAGCAUAUGCUCGCUGCUGGAAAGCAAAUUCUGUACAAGACGCAUCAAGAAAGUGAACUUGAAAGACAUAACCUGGGAAUGUCCCCGGACGUUUGGGCCGCCGGACUCACUGAUGUACUCACCAAGGCGAUCCCAGUUCUCGAGUCGCAGUCCUUUGCGUGGAAAAGUCCUCGGGCCGCACUCGAACAUUCAUCGUCGAAUCUCAUUGCCUAUAAUUACUUCUCGCUAGUCAAAGACAUCGAACGCCUCAACGACUUGUGUACCAUCGCUCGAAAUCUACUCGCGACAACCAAAAAGGCCCAGAAUCUGGCAGCGGAGAAAGGCUUCGAUCAGCGGAUUCUCGCUCUCAUUGAUACCUGUAGCGCUGGCAAAAAAGUGGUCAAUCUCUACAAACGACUUUUGAUCACAUGUCUUCAAUACCUUCAUAACUUCAUCAUGCACAAUGAGCAUCGGAAAAUGGUUCUGUGGUUAGAUCUCUUUGGCUACCACUCUACCGCAGACACAAAUAUAAUUCAGCCCAAGGAAGCCUUGGAUUCCACGGCUCGGACGGAAGGAGUCGCGCCGAUUGUUAAGAUUGGAGAGCGGGUCAUCAACCCUCCUAUUCGAGCGCUUUAUGACCAGACUGCGGAAGAUUUACUUCUGGAGACCAUCGCCAAGUUUCCGCGUGAGCCGUCCACGAUUAAGGAGGAGGCCGCGAUGCUCCUGCUCGCAAACAUCAAAGACCACAUGGAGAAGAUUCUCGGACGUGACUUGACAGAUAUUCAAGAAAUGGGCCGUGACCCCGAACAGGUUAAAUACAUCCGAGCUGCUUUGACUUCGAUCCUGGGUGCCAAGGUUGACGGUUGGGCGGAUUUACAGGAGAGAGCUCGCGAACUGCCUCCUGCAUUGCCUGAGGACGAUGAGCAGGAAACCACGAAGAAGAAGACGAUUUUGACCAUUGACCGGAGCUUGACCGCGGGCUUUCCUCGACUGUGUUGGGCUGAUCUACCCGAAGUCAAUGAUUAUUCUGUAGACUCACCGGUCACCGAGGACGACACGAGCUUGCCUCGAUCAUCUCAGUCCGCCGCCGAGACCCUCCAGGAAGCCAAGGACGAACUGAUGGCUCGGUUGCAAGAGGCCUCGCAGAUGGGCGAUGAGGGGGCAGAAUACGACCACGGAGAUUCCGGGACAGUGGGCGAAGACGACGCUCACAGUUUGGAAGGACACGCAGACGGCAGUGUCGACGAGGACGAGGAGGAGGAAGACGACAUUGACCGUGGCGAUGACGGCGGGGAAGUUGACGAUGAUGAAGAUGAUGACGAUUAUCGCGGACGUCCCGGCGACCAGCAACGCGGCCUACUGACAGACAUUCCUUUGGUGUUGGGGCCUGCCGAAAUCGAAGCCUUGCCUAUGAUUGUGCAGGCCGGUAUUGUCGAGAGUUUCGGGCUCAAAAACGGAGAAAGAAACGGGUCGCGCAACAUGCAGGCUCUUCGUUGUCAUAUCCUUCUCACCCAGGAGACUGGCCGAAAUUUGCUGCGCGAGUUGCUGAUCUUCAUCGCUGCUUGGGAUCUGCCGGACGACGAGCUCUACUUCAAAAUGAUGGUCCAAAUCAUGGAAGCCGUUCUGCGCAAUGGUCUCAUGUCGCACGCGUACUCCGACUUCGGUCAGCCAAAAGACAUCAUUUCUCCCGCACAAGCCGUGGUCAUUAAAAUAUUGACUCAUAUCUUCCGGGCGAAAUACUCCCCCGCCUCGGUGACAGGGUCGGCUCAGGGAAGCGUCCCAAGAAUGCCAUCCCCUCUGAGUCGAGUGGAUGUUCUGACAGUUCGGUAUAUCUUCACCAUCUUCCGUGGGAAUAUCAUCCCAGAGACUUGUGCUUUGAUUUACCUUCAAGGCCAGAUUCGGGCCGACCGGGCCCUGCCAGAAGACUUCCCUCUCAACCUGUGGGAUAUGGAGCGAGUUUACGAGGGUGUAUACCAGUUCCUUGAGUUCUUCGCCGUGCUGACUGAGAACAACGACUGGAAAAAUCUUCUGGUCAAGUGGGAGAUUGUCUACGAUCUGGUCACCCUCAUCAAAGAGCUGGAGGCCAGCAUUCCAAAGGGCCAGCUGAGUGCCCUUUCGUUCGGCUCAGUGCCUCCGCCUCCUCCUCCACCCGCGCGCAGUGCUUCACCCAACCACCACUCCAACUCGAAGCCUGCAUCGCCAACACCGGUUGCCGUCGAGCGCCCCUACGACCCUAGUGAUCCAGCCGACCCACUGGACAGCCACGCUGGCAGCGUUGACUCGCGACCCGAGUCUCCUCCCAUCGCCGAGGAUCCUUCAGAAUUCGAAUGGCGCAAUCUUAAGAAACUCGUCGUGUUGGUGCUUUCGUCUCUAGUCUGGAAGUGUCCCGAGGUGCAAGAGCAGAUUCGCCGAUAUGGUGGCGUCGAAGCGAUUUUGAUGUGUACCUCUUUCGAUUCCAACAAUCCUUAUAUCAAGGAGCACGCCGUGAUGUGCCUGAAAUUCCUGCUCGAGGGUAACCGGGAAAACCAGCGGCUGGUGGAGGAACUCGAGGCACGAGAAGUCGUGCGGGAUGAUGGCGGCGUGCUCGAGCGCAGUGGAUACGAGGCCAUGAUUGACCAGGCGGGGAAGCUGGCUAUUAGGCCCAAGGACGCAUCUCAAGCCUCCUCUUCUUGA